AUGUCGGCUGAUUUAAUUUGGGCUAUUGUCAGGGACAACAAUUCAUUCUUGGUCAAGCGUAAUGGGGCUCAAUUUACCUUUGAACCUAAUAAUUUGACCAACCUGAAUUCGUUCAAAUAUUCGGGACUCGCAAAUAAGAAGACAAUCGGUAUAAGUUCUGCCCCUGAUAAUAGGGGCGUGGUCGUUACCUCUAAAAAAAACAAUGUUGCGUCUUUCAGACCAACAAAAACUGUGCACAAGGUUGCUCUCUCAAAGGGCGUUCGUAAGUCUGCUAAAAGUUUUACCAAUUUAUACACCCGUGCUGGAUACCGUCCUGAUUUGCGCAAG